UAUAUACAAAAGAUUUAUUUUUGACUUUUUAAAUGUCAUAAAAUUGGGUAACUGAACUCAUAAAACAAUAUUUUUCCUUCUUCCUUUUCCCUAAAACAGUAAUUUAAUGGAAUAUCUCCAUUUCGAAUUCUGUAAUAUUAGGCAAACGCUGAGUAUUCUGGCUUAGCAAUUAUAUAGUUUCUUUAUGUUUAAAAGGAAUAUCGUAUAGCUUGUAAUGUGGGAAAGAGAUAGUCGGGAUUUCGGAAUCUAUAGCACCUUCCCUUUUUUCUCACUGAAGGCUACAGCUAUAACAGAAGAAAACAUGACCUUUGAACUCAAUACCGCUAGUCUAGUAUCUUUUUAGCAAGUAUUAGUCCCGAAAGGAUGAAGCUAUUUAAUUAUUAUUUUAUUGAAGGUUACUUAUGUGCGAGAAAGAAAAAUUGGGGCAGUUUCCUAAAGCAACGUUUUUUUAAAGUACCUACAUGCUUAUGCAUUCAUAACAAGGCGAGGUGAGAAACUGUAGUGAAUGGAACAAGUGCUUAUGGAAAUUAUACACCUUGCUUAGCGAAAUGUAAACAAAUCAAACAACUUAAUGUUGCGUAAUAGCCAGUCUAUUGUGUCAGCAUAUCUUAUAUUAAAGAUAUAGGUAUUCAUUUCUACAAAGUCAUUGAAGACGGUUUCAUAAAAUAACUCGCGGAUAUCAAAAGUAGCUUAUUCUACACCAGGUGCGAUGUGGGUAACUACAUAAGUAUGUCAGCUGCCGCGGAGACGCUGCCGGCGCCGAAUGCCCGAACGCACGCGCCUCCGGCCACAGCGGCCGCGCCGCAGCCGCCCAGUGCUCGCCGGACAAACGGCAAGCACAUCGUGCACUGGUUCCGAAAGGGCCUGCGCCUUCAUGAUAACCCAGCGUUAAGAGAGGGCUUGCUGGACGCAGCCACCUUCAGAUGUGUAUUCAUUAUUGAUCCUUGGUUCGCUAGCUCUUCUAAUGUUGGCAUCAACAAGUGGAGGUUUCUACUGCAGUGUCUGGAAGACUUGGACAGUAGCUUAAGGAAACUUAACUCUCGGCUGUUCGUGGUUCGAGGGCAACCAGCGGACGCUUUACCCAAAUUGUUUCGAGAAUGGGGAACCACGGCUUUGACCUUCGAAGAGGAUCCCGAGCCUUACGGCAGAGUGCGGGACCACAAUAUUAUGUCCAAAUGUCGCGAAGUUGGCAUUACCGUCACGUCUCGCGUAUCUCACACUCUAUACAAGUUAGACCAAAUUAUAGAACGGAAUGGUGGCAAAGCGCCUCUUACGUACCACCAGUUCCAAGCAUUGAUCGCAAGCAUGCCUCCCCCUCCGCCGGCGGAGGCGCCCAUAUCAGCACAAAUGCUAAACGGAGCCACCACGCCAUUGAACGAUGACCAUGAUGAUCGAUUUGGCGUUCCCACUCUUGAAGAACUCGGAUUCGAGACUGAAGGUUUAAAACCACCUGUUUGGAUCGGAGGAGAAAGUGAAGCCCUUGCGAGGUUAGAAAGACACCUCGAAAGAAAAGCAUGGGUUGCUUCAUUCGGGAGACCCAAAAUGACGCCGCAGUCGCUGUUGGCAAGUCAGACAGGUUUAUCACCGUACUUAAGGUUUGGCUGUUUGUCAACUAGAUUAUUCUAUUAUCAGUUGACGGAGUUGUACAAAAGAGUUAAAAGAGUAAGACCACCGCUAUCUCUUCAUGGACAAAUACUAUGGAGGGAGUUUUUCUAUUGUGCCGCCACACGUAAUCCUAACUUUGAUCGAAUGGAAGGAAAUCCUAUCUGUGUCCAAAUACCUUGGGAAAAAAAUCAAGAAGCUUUAGCGAAAUGGGCUAGUGGUCAAACUGGUUUCCCAUGGAUAGAUGCGAUAAUGAUUCAAUUAAGAGAAGAAGGGUGGAUUCAUCAUUUAGCGAGGCAUGCCGUGGCUUGCUUCCUAACGAGAGGCGACUUAUGGAUCUCGUGGGAAGAAGGAAUGAAGGUGUUCGACGAACUGCUUCUUGACGCCGACUGGUCCGUCAAUGCGGGCAUGUGGAUGUGGCUAUCGUGCUCAUCAUUCUUCCAACAAUUUUUCCACUGCUAUUGUCCAGUCCGUUUCGGCAGAAAAACUGAUCCUAACGGUGAUUUUAUCAGAAGAUACAUUCCGGCGCUGAAGAAUAUGCCGACUAGGUACAUCCACGAGCCGUGGGUGGCACCCGAAGCGGUGCAGCAGUCGGCGCGUUGCAUCAUCGGCCGCGACUACCCGAUGCCUAUGGUGGACCACUCGAAAGCGUCACAGGUCAACAUCGAACGUAUCAAACAAGUAUACGCCCAGCUCGCAAAAUACAAACCCCAAGGCACUCUGAAUCCCAACGCUGUACAACGCCCCAAUGUCAUGCAAUCAUCACCAAGCCCGAACUCAAUUAUAACCAGCAUCAACCAGUCGAACUACUUGUGCAGCCAAACACCAGAUCCACAGCCUUCACCACAAAUUAUACCUUACAAGGACAAUGAUGUUGUGUUCCAAAAGCCAAUGAACCACCGCUCUAUGAAACCUUCAUUUAAACAAGUUGUUAUCGUACAAAAGAAACAAAAUACUAACGUCAUACAAACAGUGUCCAAUUGCACGCCACAGUCGAAAGAAAACUAUGCCGUCAACGGACAAAUGGAUAACUCGUACAAAACGCCAAUAAAUGAAAGCUUACAAACAGCGAAACAAGAAAAAUAUGACUUUAAAAACUUAGUUAUAAAUAACUAUGUUCAAGACUACUCAAAUAACCAAGAAAUUUUCCAGAAUGAGCAACAAAACAGGGACAAUAUAUAUGAACAAGAAACAUUAAAAAUUAAUAACUUCAGUUAUGAGAAACAGAAAUUCUAUUUGUCUAAUUAUACAGAGAAUGGGCUGCGUAUAGCAGCCGUGCACAAUGACACACCCGCACCUUUCGUCGCAGCACUUAAUCACGACUCCACUAUGACUUUCAACAGAGAGAACAAGUCAGACACUGGAAAAGACAAGGCUAAUGAAAGCACUUGCUUACAUCCAAUGUCAAUUAACAACGAUGGAACCAUUACAAAUGAAAGUCGACAGAAUAAUCCGUCUAACGAAUGUGGAUACAAUUCUUCUAAUGAAAAUCAAAAAUGAAUAAAUUAAACAAUAGAUUAAAUUAGUCAUAAUCUAUUCAGUCUGUAGAAAAAAUGACAUUGAUAUAAUUCGAAAUCAAUAUUUUCUUUUUUGAAGGUAUUUUGUAACUGCCAUUUUAUCUAUGAGACUAAAGAAACUUGUGUUGUUGUAUAAUAUUUUGCCUGAAAGUACAGUAAAGCUGGUUACUUAUUUUACAAGUAUAAUUUUUGAGACAGUUCAUAUAUAACAGUGGAUCAACUCUUAUAAGAUUCGUUUUCCUUUAUUAACUUACAGUAAUGUGUGUGUUAUGAAUAUACUCGUACAUGUUACUCAAUAACUUUUUCAUAAUUAGCAGAAUUCGUAUUAAUUUUGCGUGCACUUGGAGAGGCCUAUGUCCAGCAGUGGACUGCGAUAGGCUGAUGAUGAUGAUGAUGAUGUAUUAAUUUUGUUGUGUGCCAGAGCUUCAUGUUGUGAUUGAGCUUGAUGUUGUGACCUGAAGUCAAUGUUUGAAAACUAUACCUACACCAUUUUAUGAAUUUACGCUUUUCCAAUCGUUGACCUAACAAUCCAGAUUAACUUUUGCAACCAAACCUUCGGCUUCCAGCUUCCACUAUAUAUCUCUAUGCAAAAUUAAGAGUUGGUUCACUAUUGUAUUAGUCAACAUUACACUCUGGAAAGUAUAAAGUAAUGCGAGAUUCACAUUGAAACCAAGUAAUCCAGCCAGGCAGAUCUCUAUUAUUAAGUUGAAUUAUUAUAAUUUUAUGAUUAAAUUGAUUGAUAGCUAAAAUAAAUGUUUCUAUACAGAAUUAAACUAAAA